AGUUCAGAUUAGAUUGACGGAUCUUGAACGUCUGUUACAAAUUUACAGGCACCCAAGUUAAAAAUUUACAGGCACCCACCUUUACCUCGGGGUCACAAAACGCCUGAAUAAAAAAGCUAAUGGCUUUACCCUUUGGUUGUCCUCCAUCAUACAUGAAAGCGACUGCAAUAUAUCUAUUUCUAUGUCCUUCUGCAAGGAGAUAACGAUUAUUUUACGGAAAGAAAUGAAUGAAUGAAUUUGAGCAUCUAAAUUUAUGUCUCAUCCCCACAACAGUGUUUGUUGUAAAUUUGUAAAGGUUGGAGUUUUGCCUCUCUUAUUCGAACUUUUUGCUUGGUUUUACUCUCUUGUGUUAUAAUGUGGAUGGGAAGGAAGGCUUUUGAUGUCCACCAUUUUCAUCUUCACCUGUAAUGAACUCGAGUUGUGCUUUUGGGUCAAGUGAGAGAUGCUUUUCUGACUCUUAUAUCAUGCACAACAAACAACAUCGAUUCUAUUAUUUGAUGGAUGGGCUUUCUGCUUUGAGCUGCUUCUGUGGUUUGUUUUAUUGGGUGUGAUGGAUUGAAAGUGGAAAUGGGUGUGGGAAUGCCACCAGACUGCUUGUCGUUUUGGGGAUUGAGGAUUCGGGCAUUUGUUAUUGCCAUUAGAGCAGAGUUGGGACUUGAGCAUUGGUUUUAGGCACUGGAUUGUUUGUAGUGUAGUUGUGCUGUAAUUUGUUUUGUGGGUUGAAGGUCUAUUGAAUCUGUUCAGUGGGGAGCGACAGAUCUAUAAGUGGAAUUUGCUUUCAGGGGAGCAUUCCUGAGAGUGAGGAGAAUCCAAUAGAAGUUUUGUCACAGGAUUCAUCUGAAGCUAAGAGCAUAUGGACUCAGAGAACAAACCCCAAAGUUUUGCCUGCAGAGUCCUCCUAAGUUAUCAAAACCUUGAAUAAAGACAUGUGGAAAAUCGACAUUUUCCAAAGAUGAAACAAUAAGACAGAUUAAAGAAGAUCAAGACAAAAGUUAUGGUGCUAAAGCCAGAAUGGGAUGACUUCACUGCAUUGGCAAGCAAUGGGUUAGUAGUAUUACGUCAUGCUGAAAACACAGACUCUUCUGCAAGAAAGAAAUCUGAAUUGUUUUAUGUCCAUGGUCCAACUGAUUGCAAGGUUCUUGCCAGCUUCUCUGAUGCUGUGGAGGAAAUAGCAAUGCAUACCGGAUGUAGAACAAGUGUGCAAGCAAUGAAAAGGCCUGCAAACUACGAAAAAGUUCAGGUUAAGCAGACCAAAGAAUUACAAGAAACUACUAGGGAAACUGCUAGUUCUAGGCAAUCCUCCAGACGAGAGAGAAAGAUAGAACUUGAAAAAGAUAUAGAGAAGUUAAGGAAGAAACUCAGAUAUGAGGAGAAUAUGCAUAGAGCAUUGGAGCGAGCAUUCACAAGGCCUCUUGGUGCUCUUCCUAGGCUUCCGCCCUACCUUUCGCCAGAGACUUUGGAGCUCCUUGCAGAAGUGGCUGUGUUAGAGGAAGAGGUGGUUCGUCUAGAGGAGCAAAUUGUAAAUUUAAGGCAAGGUUUCUAUCAGGAAGCUGUGUAUAUCUCAUCCUUCAGGAAGCAAAUGGAAUCCGUUGAAAACGUGGAACAAUCUAAGGCAAAGAAGCCAGAGCCCCUUCAGCCUCCUUCGUGGGGCCAGCAAUCUGUCCAAGAAAGCCAACAGGGCAACAGAAAUCUUCUUGUAGGAGGCAUGCUUCCCUCCAUCAGCGAGUUUUCAUCUGAUGCACCUUCCCAUACUGGUGGUGUACAUAGUGAUAGAAAUAAGGCAACAUCAGUUUCUGGAUCUGAAUCCAAAGGUGUACAUUUUGCAGCUCAAGUUGUAAAUUCCAAGCAUCCUAUUUACAAGGGACAUUCAGAUGAGGGAUCAAAACCACGCAAGGCUCUGCAAAAGAAAUUGGAGCCAUUAGAGGUCAAUCACGGUAAAGAGAACCAGCUACAGAGGACUCCUAGAAAUAUGGUUUCUUCAUCUCAAUUUUCGAGGAUGAAGACUGCAACUCAGAAACAAUACCCAAUGAACAAUAAAGCUGUCAAGAUAAAUGCUCCUAAAGGACAGACACAACACAGCACGAUAACUGGUAACUUGGAACUUGAUCAUGUGUCGACUUUGAGUGCUCUGCAAGAUGGAAAAAACAUGAAUCCUAACAGGGUUUCUGAGGAGAUGGUAAAAUGCUUGCUGAGUAUCUUCUUGAAGCUAAAAAGACAGUCUUUAGGUUCAGAAUAUGAUACAUCAUCAGCUGUCUCACACUCAACCUUCUCGAGUUCAAGUUCAACAAGUUUUGGUUCCAGAAACACACUAAGCUGUAAGAUGCCCAUUGAUAGUUCAGAAGAAAUUGAUUUCAGAGAUCCAUAUGGUGUUUGUGUUGAUUCAGAAUUAAGAGAUGUUGGUCCAUACAAACAUCUCCAUGAUAUAGUGGCCAACUCCAUUGACUUAAGUCAGAUGCAAAAUUCUUCCCCUUUGCUUCGGAGGUUAAAGGUACUCGCCAACAAGCUAAGUUCUGUGGACUUGAGAGGUUUAACACAUCAGCAGAGGUUGGCCUUUUGGAUCAAUAUUUAUAACGUCUGCAUGAUGAAUACAUUCCUUGAGCAUGGAAUUCCAGCUAACCCUCAAAUGUUGGUUGCUCUUAUGCACAAGGCAAUCAUCAAUGUAGGUGGCCAUUUGGUGCAUGCAUUGACCAUCGAACAUUUCAUACUUCGGCUACCAUAUCAUUCAAAAGAUGCCUAUCCCAAAGGGGGAAAGAAGGACAAAGAGGCAACAAUGAGAAGUGUUUAUGGUUUAGAAUGGCCUGAGCCAUUGGUGACCUUUGCUUUGUCCUGUGGAAGUUGGUCAUCUCCCGCUGUGCGGGUAUAUACUGCAGAUGAUGUAGAAAAGGAACUAGAAGCUGCAAAGAAGGAGUAUCUACAAGCUGCAGUAGGGGUCACUACCAAGAAAAAGCUUCUGCUUCCUAAAUUAUUGGAUUGGUACUUGCGAGAUUUUGCAAAGGAUGCAGAAUCAUUGCUAGAUUGGAUUUGCUUACAGCUCCCCAACGCAUUAAGAAUUCAAGUGGUGGAGUGUUUGCAAAGAGGGAAGGAUGAAAUGGUUUCUCAGCUGAUAGAAGUAAUGCCAUAUGAAUUUGAUUUUCGGUAUCUUUUUGCCAUAUAACCUUGUAAAGCCAUUUUGCUUCAAUAACCAUUAUAUCGAUGUUGAAUUCAAAUGUGUAAAACACUGGUAGUAUAUAAUUUCCAGUGAUGAGAUUGUAGGAGUGCUUCGGAAACCAUAAUUGUACUGCAACAGUCAUGGGGUUUUUUCAGUGUUAGCCAAGUGAUACUCAUUUAUGUAAAUUUACAAGAGCUGCAGAGUCUACAUAAAUACAUGGCAAUGCAAGUGCUCUGUGUCAUCAACUUGGUGGGAGAUUUAAGGUAUUCUUUUGAUCCCUUCAAGCAAAACAGGCAAUCUGUUUGUGCAGUUAAGUAAUUUGUUAUUUCCCUCCCUCUUUGGGCUGGGAACUGUACCGGAGAGUUUGAAGAGUUUAUUGCCUUUGCAAUCAAGGAUUGCGAUCAUGUAUAGGGAAGGCAUGGAAGGCGAGGGAAAUUGGUUAUGUUCAUCCGGAUAUGUAGAAUGCUACAACAAGAGUGAAUGAAAAGAAAUUUUCAAUUAUCAAA